AUGGCCAUACACAAAGACGUCGUGGGCAUGUACAACGGCGCUGGCUAUGGCAGCGUCAGCACCAAAUACGGUAUAUCGUAUCAGGUGAGGAGGUGGGGCCCAGUGUGGUAUCAAGAGCAAGGCGCUAUCAGACCAUGGGAACUCUACACGAAGAUUGAGAAGGAAGACUUCAUCAAAAGAGGAUUAAGCGGCGAAGACUUCAAGUUUGUGCAUCCGCGAAAUCUGGAUGUAGCGAAUGGAGCUGUACACGUACGAGGACAGCCGCGAGGACAGAAAGAAAAGCGACGGGAAGCAGCAAGACGGAGGUCUCAGGGCAAGGUCGCGAAGCAACCGGCUCCCGCCCCCUUCGCACUCCCAAUCAAGUACAACCCGGUCAUUCACCCAAUUCAACUCCACCACCGGUUAUACCUGAGCACCUUCGGGUCGCGAUCAAGGCCAAGCACGGCGAGUGGCUGA